AUGGGCAUGUGGAUGUCAGCCUCUUUUCAAACCUCAAACAUCUUUCGUACCUUGAUCUUUCAUAUAAAUAGUAUCUCAUUGACCAAUGAGAACAAAGUUAAUUUUAUUUGGCCAGAUUAUCUAAAUGCAUUACGAUUGGCUGCACGUGAAGUGAAAGAAUUGGAGUUUCUAAGAUCCGCAAAGAAUAUUUUGGAGUUGGAUCUUUCAAAUAAUAAGCUUGAAGGAAGAGUUCCAGAUUGGUCUAACUGGAUGUUCGCAUUGCAACAUCUUAUUUUAUCCCACAACAUGCUGACAAGUGUGGAUUCAAUUCCUUUUCAGUAUGUAGUAACCAUUGAUUUGCGGUCAAAUGUUCUUCAAGGGUCACGACCUAUUCCACCAAAUACCACAUGGUUCUUCUUCAUAUCACAAAAUAAUCUGAGUGGGAAGAUUCUAUCAUCUAUUUGCAAUUCGACAUCACUGAAAAUACGAGAUUUAGUCAGAAACAAUUUGAGUGGAGAAAUUCUUCAACGUUUGGGAAAUAUCACUGCUCUCGAGGUUUUGGAUAUGCGACAUAACAUUCUUUAUGGGAAUCUUCCAAGAGCUUUCAGCAAUGGAAGAUCACUGAGAAGCCUCAACUUGCAUGGAAAUAAACUAGAGGGGAAAAUACCCCGAUCUUUAGCCAAUUGCAAAGAGUUGCAGGUUCUUGACUUAAGAAAUAAUCAUCUCAUUGACACGUUCCCCAUGAAGUUGGGAACUCUUCCAAAGUUGCAAGUCUUAAGCUUGAGAUCCAAUGAAUUGCAUGGUUCCAUUAGAACUCCAACAGUUGAAAACAUAUUUCCUAAUCUUCGAAUGUUAGAUCUCUCUUUUAAUGCCUUCACGGAAAACUUACUGACGAUUCUGUUUCAUCAUUUGAAAGUCAUGAGGACAAUUGAUCCAUCAAAGAAGGAACCAAGUGAUGGGUAUUACCAAGACACGGAAGCUGUCUAA